AUGAUAACAAAGAAUAUAAAUUCGUACAAUCAAGAAGAAGAAGAACAACAACAACAACAGGAUGAAACUUUGCAAAAUUUCGAUAAAAUGUCAAGUGAUCUUCCCUGGAAUAUUAAAGAGAAAAGUAAAGUCAAGGAAGAAUUGGAUGAAAUAGAAAAACAAAAUUUAUCAAGAAAAAUGAGUCAAUUAUCAACAAAUGCAACACAUGAAAAAGAUCCUAUCAAGAUAAUGAAAGAAAUCAGAGAUCAACUUGAAAUAAUUCCAAAUUAUUUAACAAAACAAAAUAUAUCUUUCAAGGAACUUAUGCAUCAAGUCUUAUCGUCGAUAAUAACAACAGCAGAAAAAUUAAAUAAUAAUAUGGAUGAAUUAAGAAAAAUAGCUAUUUUACUUUAUAAAAUUAUGGUUAUUCAAACUUAUCAAUAUUUGUGGAAAACUUAUUUCAAAUCUGGUACAGAACAAUUGAUUAUUCCAUCUGAAACAAAACAAAAGCUAUUCUAUUCAACAACUUUACCAAUAUGGCCAAAAGAAAUAAAAACUAUUGUAU